UCCCUAAUCAAGACAUUCCAGGGGUGAUUGCACUAACAUUGUUUGAAGACUACAUCUACUGGACUGAUGGGAAAACCAAGUCACUCAGCCGUGCCCAUAAAACCUCGGGAGCAGACAGACUCUCACUGAUUAACUCAUGGCAUGCCAUCACAGAUAUCCAGGUGUAUCAUUCUUAUAGACAACCUGAUGUCUCCAAACAUCUCUGUAUGAUAAAUAAUGGAGGUUGCAGUCAUCUGUGCCUUUUAGCCCCUGGAAAGACUCACACCUGUGCAUGUCCCACCAACUUCUAUCUUGCAGCUGAUAACAGGACUUGCUUAUCUAACUGCACAGCCAGUCAAUUUCGUUGCAAAACUGACAAAUGUAUUCCAUUCUGGUGGAAAUGCGACACUGUGGAUGACUGUGGCGAUGGAUCUGAUGAACCUGAUGACUGUCCUGAAUUUAAAUGUCAGCCAGGCCGAUUUCAGUGUGGAACAGGGCUCUGUGCUCUGCCUGCAUUCAUCUGUGAUGGAGAGAAUGACUGUGGAGACAAUUCUGAUGAACUCAACUGUGAUACACAUGUCUGCCUCUCAGGUCAGUUCAAGUGUACCAAGAACCAGAAAUGCAUCCCAGUAAACCUCAGAUGUAAUGGACAAGAUGACUGUGGCGAUGAGGAAGAUGAAAGGGACUGUCCUGAAAACAGCUGUUCUCCAGACUAUUUCCAGUGUAAAACUACCAAGCAUUGCAUUUCCAAGCUGUGGGUUUGUGAUGAGGACCCAGACUGCGCAGAUGCAUCAGAUGAGGCCAACUGUGAUAAAAAAACGUGUGGACCUCAUGAAUUCCAGUGUAAAAACAACAACUGUAUUCCAGAUCACUGGCGGUGUGAUAGCCAAAAUGACUGCAGCGAUAAUUCAGAUGAAGAAAACUGUAAGCCACAGACCUGUACACUGAAAGAUUUUCUUUGUGCCAAUGGGGACUGCGUUUCUUCAAGGUUUUGGUGUGAUGGAGAUUUUGACUGUGCAGAUGGCUCUGAUGAGAGAAAUUGUGAAGCAAGUUGUUCUAAAGAUCAGUUCAGGUGUUCCAAUGGUCAGUGUAUAUCGGCAAAAUGGAAAUGUGAUGGUCAUGAAGACUGUAAAUAUGGAGAAGAUGAGAAAAACUGUGAACCAGCAUCUCCUACUUGUUCAUCAAGUGAAUAUAUAUGUACCAGCGGAGGAUGUAUUUCAGCAUCUUUGAAAUGUAAUGGAGAAUAUGAUUGUGCUGACGGUUCCGAUGAGAUGGACUGUGUGACUGAAUGUAAGGAAGAUCAAUUCCAAUGCAAAAAUAGAGCCCACUGUAUCCCAAUUAGAUGGCUGUGUGAUGGAAUUCAUGAUUGUGUGGAUGGCAGUGAUGAAGAGAACUGUGACAGAGGAGGAAAUAUAUGUAGAGCAGAUGAGUUCCUUUGCAAUAAUUCCCUUUGUAAACUACAUUUCUGGGUGUGUGAUGGAGAAGACGACUGUGGAGACAACUCCGAUGAAGCCCCUGAGAUGUGCGUCAAAUUUCUGUGCCCACCCACAAGACCUCACAGAUGCAGAAAUAACAGAAUAUGUGUGCAGCCUGAACAAACGUGCAAUGGGAUCGAUGACUGUGGGGACAACUCAGAUGAAGAUCUCUGCGGUGGUAAGCUUACAUAUAAAGCAAGACCUUGUAAAAAAGAUGAAUUUGCUUGCAAUAAUAAAAAAUGUAUCCCCAUGGACCUCCAGUGUGAUCAGCUUGACGACUGUGGAGAUGGUUCAGAUGAACAAGGCUGCAGAAUAACUCCAAUGAAAUAUACCUGUGAAGAUCAUGUGAACCCAUGUGGAGAUGAUGCAUAUUGUAAUCAAAUAAAAACAUCUGUUUUCUGUCGCUGUAAGCCUGGAUUUCAGAGAAACAUGAAAAACAGACUUUGUGAAGACCUUAAUGAAUGUUUGGUCUUUGGUACAUGUUCCCAACAAUGUAUAAAUACGGAAGGAUCAUAUAAAUGUGUAUGUGACCAAAAUUUUCAAGAAAGAAAUAACACAUGCAUAGCAAAAGGCUCUGAAGAUCAAGUUCUCUACAUUGCUAAUGACACUGAUAUCCUGGGUUUUAUAUAUCCAUUCAACUACAGUGGUGAUCAUCAACAAAUUUCUCAUAUUGAACAUAAUUCAAGGAUAACAGGGAUGGAUGUGUAUUAUCAAAGAGAUAUGAUUAUUUGGAGUACUCAGUUUAAUCCAGGAGGCAUUUUCUACAAAAGGGUCCAUGACAGAGAAAAAAGGCAAGCAAACAGUGGCUUGAUUUGUCCUGAAUUUAAAAGGCCCAGGGACAUUGCAGUUGACUGGGUUGCAGGAAAUAUUUAUUGGACCGAUCAUUCUAGAAUGCACUGGUUCAGUUACUAUACCACUCACUGGACCAGCCUGAGAUACUCUAUCAAUGUAGGGCAGCUGAAUGGCCCCAACUGCACCAGACUCUUAACAAAUAUGGCUGGAGAACCCUAUGCUAUUGCUGUAAAUCCUAAAAGAGGGAUGAUGUAUUGGACUGUCGUUGGGGACAACUCCCACAUAGAAGAAGCAGCCAUGGAUGGUACUUUGAGAAGGAUUUUAAUAAAAAAGAAUUUACAGAGACCCACAGGUCUGGCUGUGGAUCAUUUUAGUGAACGGAUAUAUUGGGCUGACCUUGAGCUCUCCCUUAUCGGCAGUGUUCUGUAUGAUGGCUCUGAUUCCGUAAUUUCUGUCAGCAGCAAACAAGGCUUGUUACAUCCACAUAGGAUUGAUAUCUUUGAAGAUUAUAUAUAUGGAGCAGGACCUAAAACUGGUGUAUUUCGAGUACAAAAAUUUGGCCGUGGUUCAGUAGAGUACCUAGCUUUAGAUGUUGAUAAAACAAAAGGUGUUUUGAUAUCCCAUCGCUAUAAACAACUAAAUUUACCCAAUCCAUGCUUGGAUUUAACAUGUGAAUUCCUCUGUUUGCUGAAUCCUUUUGGGGCCACCUGUGUGUGCCCAGAAGGAAAAUAUUUGAUUAAUGGCACCUGCAAUGAUGACAGCCUGUUAGAUGAUUCAUGCAAAUUGACUUGUGAAAAUGGGGGAAGGUGCAUUUUAAAUGAGAAAGGUGAUUUGAGGUGUCACUGUUGGCCUAGUUAUUCAGGAGACAGAUGUGAAGUCAACCACUGUAGCAACUACUGUCAAAAUGGAGGAACUUGCGUGCCAUCAGCUUUGGGGAGACCCACCUGCAGCUGUGCACUGGGGUUCACUGGACCAAACUGUGGUAAGACAGUUUGUGAGGAUUUUUGUCAAAAUGGAGGGACGUGCAGCGUGAGUGCUGGGAACCAGCCUUACUGCUACUGCCAGCCUGAACACACUGGUGACAGAUGUCAGUACUAUGUGUGUCACCACUACUGUGUGAAUUCCGAAUCCUGUACCAUUAGGGAUGAUGGAAGUGUUGAAUGUGUCUGUCCAACACGCUAUGAAGGACCAAAAUGUGAGGUUGACAAAUGUACAAGGUGCCAUGGGGGGCACUGCAUUGUAAAUAAAGACAGUGAUGAUAUAUUUUGCAACUGCACUAAUGGAAAGAUUGCCUCUAGCUGUCAGUUAUGUGAUGGCUACUGUUACAAUGGUGGCACAUGCCAGCUGGACCCUGAGACAAAUGUACCUGUGUGCCUAUGCUCUGUGGGGUUUAAAAGUCAGCGCUGUGACCAGAAAGAGAACCCUUGUGAUCACUACUGUCAGAAUGAGGGGAUUUGCACUUUAACUGCGUUUAAUGAGCCGAGAUGCAAAUGUUCCACCAACUGGUCUGGCACACAGUGUGAGAGGCCAGCCCCAAAGAGCAGCAAGUCUGAUCAUAUCAGCACAAGAAGCAUCGCCAUCAUUGUGCCUCUGGUUCUCUUGGUGACUUUGAUAACCACCUUAGUAAUUGGUUUAGUGCUUUGUAAAAGAAAAAGAAGGACAAAAACUAUUCGAAGACAACCUAUUAUCAAUGGAGGAAUAAAUGUAGAAAUUGGCAAUCCAUCUUAUAAUAUGUAUGAGGUGGAUCAUGACCACAACGAUGGAGGUCUUUUAGAUCCUGGUUUUAUGAUAGACCCAACAAAGGCCAGGUAUAUAGGGGGCGGGUCCAGUGCUUUCAAGCUUCCACAUACAGCGCCGCCCAUCUACCUAAACUCUGAUUUGAAAGGACCACUAACUGCUGGGCCAACAAAUUACUCCAACCCCGUGUAUGCAAAAUUAUAUAUGGAUGGGCAAAACUGCCGAAACUCCUUAGGAAGUGUUGAUGAAAGGAAAGAACUGCUUCCAAAGAAAAUAGAAAUUGGGAUCAGAGAGACCGUGGCAUAAAUACUUUUUAUAUGCUGUAUAAAUGUAUAAAAUAUAAGGAUUAAUUUUGUAUGUUCCAACAGUAUUAUACUUGUUUUGGCAUCAGCAUUACCUCUUUCUUUAUCUUUUCCCUGGUUAAUUGUUUUCUGAGUUAUCUGGGUUCUAUUUUUUGCUGAUGACUAUUGAUUGACCAUUUGUAUGGUAUUUUUAUGAAAAAGAACUGCACUACAGUACAAUUUACAACAAUGCUGCUGAUAUGACACCUUUGAAUUUGUUAAAAUUAAAAACAACAUAUUCCUUUGUAGUGUGAAUAUGAGCAAUCUAUUUUAUAUGAACUUUUUUGGUUCUACUUUAUCAACAAAGAAAAUCUCUGCACUUUUUCAUUCUAUGGUCUGAAAGCUAUAAUACAAUGACAUUUUUUCUUUUCCGUUGAAAUUGAUGGAAGAAUGAUUGAAUGGUCAACUCUCUUCUCUGUGCCCGUGAAGACUGAUCCAGACUGCUGAAAAUACAUAGCCCUCACAAGUUCAGCAUCACCUGCUUUGAAAUUAGCCUUAGAUUGCCAAGUAAUAGAUGCAAAUUUUGAGGAAAAUCUUUUUAAAAUAUAUAAAAUUAAUAAUUUGCAUGAACACAUGACUACAUUUUCCAAAAUUUAGUAGACGGUAUGUGAUAUACUAAACAUAUGCACCCUGUAAACAAUAGUUAUAUUUAAGUGGUAGCACAUAGCAAAAAUAUAACCAAAAGUGAGAAGACCACACUUGCUUUGGGGUAAGACCUGUUGUUCUCCCUCAGCCCUGAGGUAAAUAGGUAGCCUAGAGCACAACAGGGCAUUGGGUACUCAUGUCUUAGGAAUUUCUUCCCAGUCAUGUGCAUUUUGUGAAAAAUUAAUCCAACCCCUUACCCCACAGAACACUAAAGGAUAAUAUAUAAGCACACAAAUUGACGACAGAAUUUGGAUUAGGUGAAUGCAUUCUCUUUGCUAGGUCAAAAGGAAGAGGCAAACCAGUCAUUCUGAUAAAGAGGAAUUGGUAAAUAUUUUCAACAUACAAUAUGACUAAUCCAUUAUUUGCCCUUUCCAAAGUACAUUUGGAAAGGACUUCCCAAGUUAUAGAAAUAACUCUAUGCCCAUAAUCAAAGGUGGAGAGUAUAAAUGCUGACCAGUUACUCUGGUACUCGGGUUUCUUUUUCAUUAAGCAAAACACAUGGACCCCAUUCAUUUGUUUGUUUUCAAUUUUUGAUUGAACCAAGUACGAUUUAUUUAAGUUGUAUAAAAAAAAGGAUAGCAUUUUUAUACAAAUAUCUUUAAAGGCACAAAAGAUUUAUUCACAAGGUAUGGAGGGCUUUUUGUUCCUCUGAUAGACAUGACUGACUUUUAGCUGUCAUAAUGUAUUAACCUAACAGAUGAAAUAUGUUUGUGGUUGCUCUUUAUCCCUUUGUACAAGCAUUAAAAAAACUGCUGUUUUAUAAAGAGACUUUUUGUUGUACUAUGUGCAUGCAUACUACCUAUUUCUAAACUUUGCCAUAUUGAGGCCUUUAUAAACUAUUGAUUUAUGUAAUACUAGUGCAAUUUUGCUUGAACAAUGUUAUGCAUAUCAUAAACUUUUUCAGGUUCUUGUUUAAGUACAUUUUUUAAAUUGAACAGUAUUUUUCAUUUUGGUUAUAAUAGUCAUUUUGCCUAUGU